AUGCCUCCCAAGAAGCAGGUCGUCGAAGAGAAGAUUCUCCUGGGCAGGCCCGGUAACAACCUGAAGAGUGGAAUUGUUGGCCUUGCAAACGUCGGAAAGUCCACCCUCUUCCAGGCCAUUACCAAGUGCAACCUGGGAAACCCCGCCAACUUCCCCUACGCCACCAUCGACCCCGAGGAGGCGCGUGUUAUCGUCCCCGACGAUCGCUAUGAUUGGCUUUGCGAAAAGUACAACCCCAAGUCGCGCGUCCCCGCCAACCUGACGGUCUACGACAUCGCUGGCCUGACGCGAGGUGCCUCCACCGGUGCUGGUCUCGGCAACGCUUUCUUGUCGCACAUCCGCGCCGUCGAUGCCAUCUUCCAGGUUGUUCGUUGCUUCGACGAUGCCGAGAUCAUCCACGUCGAGGGUGACGUCAACCCCACCCGUGAUCUCGAGAUCAUCAGCGAUGAGCUGCGGUUGAAGGACAUUGAGUUCACCGAGAAGGCCCUUGAGAACCAGAAGAAGAAGACUCGCUCUGGCGGCAAGGGUCUGGAGCACAAGAAGGCCAUGGAGGAGCAGGCCACCAUGGAGAAGAUUCUCCAGCAUCUGAAGGACGGCAACGAAGUCCGAAAGGGCAACUGGGGUCCCAAGGAGGUCGAGGUCAUCAACCCCUUGUUCCUCCUGACUGCCAAGCCCGUCGUCUACUUGGUGAACCUCUCGGAGAAGGACUUCAUUCGCAAGAAGAACAAGUACCUUCCCAAGGUCGCCGAGUGGGUCAAGGAGCACGCUCAAGGCGACCCCAUCAUCCCUAUCUCGGUGUCUUUCGAGGAGCGCCUGACGCGCUACGAGACCGAGGCUGAGUCCAAGGAGGAGCAGAAGAACGUUGGCGCCGAGUCGGCUCUGCCCAAGAUCGUUCUGCAGAUGCGCAAGGUUCUCAACCUCGGCAGCUUCUUCACCACGGGCACGGAUGAGGUCCGCCAGUGGACCAUCCGCAACGGCACCAAAGCACCCCAAGCUGCUGGUGUUAUUCACACUGAUUUCGAGAAGACCUUCAUCCAGGCUCUCGUCUACAACUUCACCACCCUGAAGGAGCUCGGCAGUGAAGCCGAGGUCAAGGCCAAGGGCAAGGUUAUGACCAAGGGCAAGGACUACGUUGUGGAAGAUGGAGACAUCUUGCUCAUCAAGGCCGGUGCUGCUAAGGCUGUCCGUCCUCGAUCUUCAACCAAGGGUCCCCUGGACCUGGACGACACACCUCUGAAUGACCCACUGUCGCCCAAAACCGCUGCAACAGAAGAAAAGACGCAGCAGCGUCCGAUAUCAGUCCAACGCUCGCCGGCUGCACCACCGUCUCCGGCGCCGCCCGUGAAGACGACCGUCACCAAGGACUUCGGCUUUCUUCUGCGCCCAGAAAUCUACCACAGUAUCAAUCCGGUCAACAUCCCCGUUGCCUUUCGAAACUCAUCCAAGCAACCACCGGCCGAUGCGUCACUGGAAGACCUCCUAGCUAAAGGCCACUUCCGAGCGGCUGCCAUCGCUGCUGUCCAGGAACUAACGGCCACUGGGGGCCCGGAGCGACCUCGUGUCGACCCCGCAGACCACCAAAGGAUCUUCAGCCUGCUGUACACGCGUCUAGCAUGUCUGACGCUCAUCGACGCAACGCCGAUAGCGGCGCAGGAGGUCGGGGCACUGGAAGACCUCAACGCCGGUGUCUACAUUGACGAGACUACCGGCGAGCACCUCGUUCCAUGGGAGUUGCGGGUUCUCAAUGUGCGGUUGCAGGCUCUCGGUUUCAGCGACCCGCGGAGGUCUGUCAUGAGCUAUCACGACUUGGCGAGGGAAGCGCGGGAGCAGAUCAGCAAGGCGACGAUCCGGCAUGAUAACUCGGCGCGCGAGCUCUGGAAAGCACGGCUGACAGACUUGGGCAUCAAUGUCACUGGCGCCCUGAUUGAGAUGGACGACCUCGCAGGUGCUGCACGUCAUCUGAGCACAUUGAGAGACCGCGGCGAUGGCAAGAUGGCGCUGUCCCGGGCACUUUUGUGGCUGCACCUAGGUGACACUGAGGCAGCACGUCGCUCUGUUCAGGACUCCGGAGAGGACGGAAAGCAUGCCGAGAGGGUCAUCACCGCGCUUUGUCAGAUGGCCGACGGCGAGUACGAUGCCGCACUGCAAUCGUGGCAAGACCUAAAGGGAGAGUUUGCCGAUGAAAUGGUCGGAGUCAAUCUUGCCGUCUGCCUCCUCUACACCGGCAAGCUUACAGAGGUAAGACUAGCCCUACUAUCCUUCGACACAUAUGAUGGCUCGCUGACCAGACAGGCCCGGUCCGUGUUCGAGGACAUGGUCAACACUGGCUACUCGUCGCACACGCUGCUGUUCAACCUCAGCACAACGUACGAGCUCUGCACCGAGCGGAACCGCAAUCUUAAGCUGGGCCUGGUCGAGAAAGUCGCUGAUCUGGACGAGACGCCGCGGGGCUGGGAAAAGAAUAAUGCAGACUUCAAGCUGUAG